GCCUAAGCGACUUUGAAAUAAAAAUAAGAAAAAGAGGUCUUCUAAUUUCUAAACACUAGCUGCCAAGCAAAGGAUAUUUUUGCUGCAAAAUAUUACAUCGGACCGAAGUUCCUCUCCAGCACAGAGGGAAGCUGUGGCAGCUGUGUUGUUUUUGGUGGUGUGUUUGUGGAUCAGUGGUGUUUGACGUGAUUAGUAGGAGAUUUGAACAUGAGUUCACGCAGCAGGAGCAGUAGCAGGAGCCGAAGUCGUAGUCGGAGUCGGAGUCGAAGCAGGAGUCCACGAGAUCGCAGGAUCCGAUCUCGACACUCUUCAUAUCGUGACGCUCCUUUAAGGAGAGAGGCACGUCGCGGUUUCAGCCAAGGCAAUCUGUGCAACAACUGCAAGCGACCUGGUCAUUUUGCAAGAGAAUGUCCUAAUGUUGCUGUUUGUAACAACUGUGGUCUUCCUGGGCACAUUGCAUCAGAGUGCACUACACAAGCACGGUGUUGGAAUUGUCGAGAACCUGGACAUGUGGCCGGCAACUGUCAUAAUGAGGGCAUCUGCCACUCGUGUGGCAAAGCCGGACAUCGUGCUAGAGAUUGCCCAAACUCUGAGCAGCCAGGUGGAGACUUGAGACUCUGCAACAAUUGCUACAAGCCAGGGCAUAUUGCAGCAGACUGUACUAAUGACAAAGCAUGCAAGAAUUGCAGGAAAACAGGCCACAUAGCACGUGAUUGUCAGAAUGAACCUGUCUGCAAUGUGUGCAACAUAUCUGGGCAUUUGGCUCGGCAAUGCCCCAAGGGUAAUUCUCUCGGUGAGAGGAGUGGUGGGGUUAGAUAUGGUGGCUAUCGUGAUGUGAUCUGCCGGAACUGCAACCAGGUUGGCCACAUGAGCAGGGAUUGCAUAGGUCCCAUAAUCAUAUGCCACAAUUGUGGAGGCAGGGGCCACAUGGCAUAUGAGUGCCCGUCUGGGAGAAUAGCUGACCGUGGAUACCGCCGGUUUUGAUUCUGAAUUUGCAUGAAUAGGUAUCUGAACUGCUUUGGAGGAUUAAAAAUCAUGUUUUGCAUUGGGUUUGCUGGUUACAGACUUACAGUUGAAUUUACAGCAACUGGAUUAGGGCCUCGACCCUUUUUAUUGCCCCAAAGGAUAUUUUGCUGUCUCAACAUAUUAUUUAUGUGGUUAGUAUAAGCUGUGUGAACUUGAGGUGUUUGUGCCAUACUGCUCGAUCGUUGUGUGGUCGUGUUGUUUCUGGUCUGGGACGGCCAAUGUAGUCUUAGGGUGUCUAGGAACAUUGGUUUUUCUUUAUUGUGGCCGAGAUUUUCCCAUGGAAACUGAAUUGGGCCACUUCGUAAAUCGAUUCGGUAAGCAGGCAACUGAUUUUGAAUAUCUUAGGUAACUUUAAGCUUUUUGGUGUACUUCUCCCCAAAGGGGUUUUGUUGAUUGUAUUGCACUCUUUCACAGU